GGCAUCUUUCUACAACUUUGCAUUUUUUCCCAGCUCUUUGACAUUCAAAUUUGUGUUCUGUGUCCAUUAUCAUUUAAAAGUUGAUGCAAUAUAUGAUUGUGAACUGAUGUGAAUAGGGGGUGCUAGCCAUGUGUGGAAUGCAUGAUCCUGAGGCCAAGCCAGUACUGCUCUGUUCUUGCAAUGACAACACAGUUCGUGUUUAUGAUCUUCCAUCCUUUUCUGAGAGGGGCAAGAUCUUCUCGAAGGAGGCAAUACGUUGCAUUGAAAUUGGCCCUGGUGGUCUGUUUUUCACUGGUGAUGAGUCAGGGCAAGUAAGAGUGUGGAAGUGGGUGAUUGAAACAAGCACACCCCCAUAAGGAGAAACAAUAACUAUCAUUUACAAUAAUCCUUUUGUUUCUUUCUAAUGGUGGUUUGUUUUGCGAUGGCGAUGAAUGGUGUCCAGGGUCUGGGUUUGGUUACCCGAAACAACGAAACAACUGCAACAGCUUGAGAGAGAGCUAUUUUAAUUUUACAUAAUAUGCUACUAUUGUUAUUAUCUGUAUAAUUUUUCCCUUCAAUUUACAGGCUCAUGAAGAGUCAAAUUUUAUUUACUAGCAAUAGCAUUCAUUAGCUUGUAAGAUAUGUAGCUCCAUAUCCCUUAACCUAUUUCAGGUUGAGGACUGUAAGACUAUUUUGUUCUUGAAACUAGAAAUAAUGAAAUUCUUGCAAUUCU